ACCCUCAUUCCACCAAAUGAGAUGACUAAAUAUGCUGCCACACUAAUUGAAAAUAAAACUGUGGCACCUGGAUGGCUUAGUGAUACAGUUAUCAACGCUUUCUUAUGGAAACUUUCAUGUGAAUAUCCUGGUGUCCUACCAGCAGAAUCAUAUGUAUGUCAGUUGGUGCAACGAGGAUCUAGUACAUGUCGACUGUGGGCAGAUCAAAAUUUCAUGGCAAUUGACACAAUAAUAUUUCCUUUCAAUAUGUCUGGGAGCCAUUGGACACUUUUGGUAAUCGACAAACAAAAAGAGAUGGUAUACUACCUUGAUCCUAUGGAAGGUCAUGUAGAAGAAGUUAUCAGUGAGACAACAAGAGUUGAACUUUCACAGUUUAUCAAAAGCAUUUGUGCCCUUGUUGAUCUAAAAAGUGGGUGGAACACAUCAACUUGGUCUAUUAUUCAGCCAUCACACUAUGUGCAAGAGGAUGGGUUUAACUGUGGAAUAAUUAUUUGCCUGUUUGCUGAAUAUCUGAGUCAAAAUCUUGACAUAAAUGCAAAGUUUGACAUGAGAAAAGUGAGGCAGCAUGUGACUUCAACGAUUAUGGGUUCUUGCUAUGAUGACAUUUAUGAGAGAAAUAGUUUGGUAUGCAAGAUUUGCAAGAUAGAUGAUGGUGAAGACUGGUUGGGAUGUGAUUCAUGUGGGCAGUACUUUCGUGCAAGUUGUUUGAAUGUUGACUUUGGACAAACUCUGACAGAGUACUUUGCUUGCCCAUAAUCAGACAUGACAAUCGUAUAAUAAUACAAAACAUAAAUUGUAAGAUUUAAAAGUGCCGAAUAAAAAAGACUUACCGAUUAGAA